AUGUCUAGGCUCCAGUUGAGAGAGUUGACUUUGCGAUCUGAUACCCGGAAACUCGAGGGCUGGGACGCGCAGCUGCGGGAGAUGGCGUACGCCGGGGCGGAAGAGGAGGCCGCGGGCGGCAACGACGACGUCGACGACGACGACGGCAAGAAGACCCGGGGGUCGAGCCUGAAGCGCAUGCUGGGUGGCUGCGGCAGCCUGGUUAGGGACAUGCUCGACGAGCUGGUCGUCAUGGAGGAGAUCGAAGCCGCCGCGGUGGAGAGGGAGACGGAGUGGAUCAGGAGGAUGAACCGCGAGGGAGACGACGGUCUCGGCAAAGAUACCCAGAGAUCAUCCGGUGCUGUUUGGAGACUUGUUUGA